CCAUUUUUUAAGGAAAUGUAAUUGUACCUUAAAAUCAGUGAUGAUGAUAGAUCUUGUUACUAACAGAUUCCAAGUGACGUGUUCCAAGUGCGGUAUAACAAGUUCAAGUGUUAUUAUCAGCAGCGAAAAGAAAUACACCAAUAAAAUGAAAACGUACAGAAUACCAGUAUUUACUGAGGCACAAUAAAAAGGUUGUUACAGUGUAGACUAAAGUAGUGAGUUAGUGGCUCCCUAAUUUCAUGUAAAAAGUCUUUGCUCGCCAUAGUAGAUGUGCAGCAUCGCGCGUGAAACACAACACAAACUGCGUUUUCGCUUCGUACACUCUCGUCGCCACUAUGUCGUUGGUCAAAAAAAUAUCUUAUCAACUUCAAACAACAGCAGCACUAGUAACCGCAAGCAUAACAAGCUCGUACGCAAGCAUAAAAACCUGUUCGUUCCACGUUUGCCGCUUCAUUCAAUCGCAAUCAGUUUUGUGUGGCACACAGUGCGUCAAACGGCAACGUAGAGUGAAAGUAAAUAUAAAAUAGCUGCAAUAUGGAAUAUAAUGUAGCUGCACCGGACGUCUUCCGCGAGCCGCUGGUCGUUCCAGAGAAGCUGUUGAUGGGUCCAGGUCCAUCAAAUGCACCAAAGCGGGUGCUCGAUGCUAUGGCACGUCCGAUUCUGGGUCAUUUACAUCCGGAAACACUGAAAAUAAUGGAUGACAUCAAGGAAGGUAUUCGGUACCUAUUUCAGACAAACAAUGCCGCUACGUUUUGCUUGAGUGCAUCUGGCCACGGAGGGAUGGAGGCUACAUUAUGCAAUCUUCUGGAAGAUGGCGAUAUAUUGUUGAUUGGGCACACUGGUCACUGGGGUGACCGGGCAGCGGACAUGGCCUCCCGAUACGGAGCCGAUGUGAGAACUGUGAAGUCGAAACCAGGCCAAUCACUCAGCAUGGAGGAAAUCCGUAGUGCAAUGCUGAUCCAUAAACCAUCAGUACUGUUCCUGACGCAAGGCGAUUCAUCUACAGGCGUUCUCCAAGGUCUGGAGGGCGUAGGAGCAUUGUGUCGCGAGCAAAACUGUUUACUAAUUGUUGAUACUGUUGCCUCUCUGGGAGGCACGGCUAUGUUUAUGGAUCGAUGGGAGAUCGAUGCCAUGUACACAGGUUCGCAGAAAGUGUUAGGGGCACCGCCAGGAAUAACCCCGGUAUCAUUUGGACACAGAGCUAUUGAGCGUUACAAACGCCGUAACAGCAAAGUAAAAGUUUAUUACUGGGAUAUGAUGCUAGUCGGUGACUACUGGGGAUGUUUCGGUAGACCACGCAUCUACCACCAUACAGUAUCCUGUACUCUGUUGUAUGGCCUACGUGAGGCUUUAGCGAUGGCUUGCGAAGAAGGUUUACCAGCACUGAUAGCACGCCACCAGGACUGCGCAAAACGUCUGUAUAGAGGCUUAGAAACAGCCGGAUUUGAACUAUACGCUGCGCCCCAGCAUCGCUUGCCAACCGUUGUUGCCAUAAAAGUACCACCGGGUAUUGAUUGGCUUAAAGUCUCCCAAUAUGCGAUGAAAAACUAUUUGGUAGAGGUAAGCGGAGGCCUUGGGCCUACAGCUGGACAAGUUUUUCGAAUUGGAUUGAUGGGGCAAAACGCUACUACAGAACGAGUGGAUCGGGUGCUGCAAGUCUACAAAGAUUCGAUACAAUCGGUUAAGCGAGAUAUUCAAGUAAUGGGUAAAAUGUGAGAGUCUUCUAUUAUUACAACGAAACAGGUUAUGUGAAUAGAAGUCAUGCCAUAUAAGAAAAAUAAAUCAUAAUUCAACCUAC